UUGUGUUCUCUGACGAUGGGGUGGCAAUCUUUCCACCGAUGGGUUGGUCUAGCAGCCCAUGCAACCGUCGCUUCUAGCCUGGGCUGGAAUGAAAAGGAAACUACAGCGUUGUCAGGCUGUCCAUGCUCCGAUAAAUCGCUGUGUCUUCCUGUGGCACGCACACCACGCUUUGAAGUGUUUGCGUUUUCGCCUUCCAUCAACUCGACCAACUGGCGGUACUACGACUUUGACACCCUCACGACGAUUGCAUGGAACUUGGACAAAGAUUUGCUUUGCUACGCACAUGCUCGUCAGGUCAAGAUCGUCAUCCAGCACAACUUCGACCAAGCCGAUCGACUGUGCGAUCCGGCAGCGCGCGCCGACUGGAUCGAAGCAACGUACACUAGCAUCGUCGAAAACUAUGCCGACGGUGUUAACAUCGACACAGAGGUUGAGAUGAGCGGCUCUACCGCCAAGUGCCAAACCUUACUCGUGCAGGAGCUACGAGUACGCCUUGCAGCGUCCAAAUUCACGCAUAACGCCCAGAUAUCAUUUGACGUGCCAUGGUCUCCCCACGGUGUCGACCAGCGAUACUACGACUGGGUGGGGCUCGCAGCGCAUGCAGACUUUCUCUUUGUCAUGUCAUACGACAUCCGCAGUCAAAUCUACUACCAGUGCAUUGCUGGGGCCAACAGCCCGCUUGCUCUAGUCCGGCGAGGCGUGGAGGAGUACAUUGCAGGAUAUGGCAUUUCUCCUCGUCAACUCGUGCUCGGGCUGCCGUGGUAUGCAUACAACUACCCCUGCGAAUCCAUGGACAACUCCAUCUGUCACAUCCGCCCUGUCCCAUUUCGAGGUGCGCCGUGUAGCGACGCGGCGGGACAUCAAAUCGACUACAGCCAAGUGCAAGCGCUUCUCGUGGACCCUACCGCAAAACUUGGAUGGGAUGUCAUGAGUAGCUCACCGUUCAUCUCGCUUCGGACCAACCAAACGACGGCGCAAGUUUGGUACGACAACGAUCGGAGCCUCGCACUCAAGUACAACCUUGCCACACACUUGAACCUCCGAGGGGUCGGGAUGUGGCACGUCGACGCACUCGACUACUCUGGCAAAGCCAACCCCAUCGUGUCCACCCAGGCCAUGUGGCAAACUCUCCGCAACGCGGUGCCGGCGGUGUCGUCCGAUCUCACGUCGAUCGCCUGAGACAACGAGAUGCCUUGGACCAAACCUGCCAACCUGUAAUCGCAAUGCAAACUGUUAGCUUUUGUGCACGGAUGCAUGAUACAUAGCAUCAACACGAUAUAGCCACGUCGACCAA